AUGCAAAUUUUAGUCGAUGAGGUCAUUGCCAGUGCUGCAAAAUACCACGGAGAUUUUAUUAAAAUUCUCGUAACCAAAAAUAAAUAUCAUGAUACCGAUGGUUUAUUUGUUGAAGAGUUUGUAAAGUUUAUUUCGUUUCAAGUUGUUUCAACUAAAUAUAAAACAAAUUAA